AUGGAGCCUUGGAACAAUCUUCCCGGAAAGGUGGUGCUCGUGACCGGAGCCUCGUCGGGCCUCGGUAGAGAAUUAUGUCUCGACUUGGCUAAGGCAGGUUGUCUCAUCAUUGCAGCAGCUCGUCGAGUGGAUAGACUUAACUCCUUGUGCGACGAAAUUAAUCAAACAAAUGAAUUACCUUCUACUAAAACAGUUGUAUUUGUGGAACUCGAUGUCACGUCUAAGGAAAAUAAAAUUGUUGAGGCAGUGCAAAAAGCUUUGGAUGCAUUUGGACGCAUUGAUGUUCUAAUCAAUAAUGCUGGAUACAGAGGAAGUAUUAGUUCCGUUAUAGACAUUAGCCAAGAGGAAUGGGACCGAACAAUGAAGACAAAUCUAGAUGGUCAAUGGUUGGUUGCAAAAAGUGUGAUGGCUCAUAUGAUCAAGACAAGGAUAGCCGGGAGCAUCAUCAAUAUCUCUUCUACCGCUGGCCUCAACCGUGUCCUUGCACCUGGUUCGGUUUCUUACGUCAACUCCAAAUCAGCACUUCACGCUUUAACUAAGGUUAUGUCAUUAGAGAUGGGGAGAUAUGGAAUAAGAGUGAAUGCAAUAGCGCCCGGAAUUUUUCAAUCGGAGAUAACUGAAGAGCUUUUUAAAAAAAAAUGGUUGACAAAUAUUGAAAGGAAAGGUGUACCAUUGAAGAAGUUUGUCCAGGCGAAUCCAGGGUUGACUUCGCUCAUCAGAUAUCUAAUUCAUGAUUCCUCCUAUUAUAUAUCUGGAAAUGUAUUCAUCGUGGACUCGGGCUACUCCCUCCCUGGAUUCCCUCUUUUUUCUUCACUUUGA